ACACACAGACAGUGAUACAAAUACCAAUUUGAGCUUCUCAGUUAUUUUCGCUUAAGGGCUGGAGCCAGCCACACGGGAUAAAGGAAGGAACUAAAGGAGCAAAUCUUUUAAGGGAGAAGACAGAUUCCGUUCUGUCAGGUUCUUCUGAGUGUGUGUAAGAGCCAGUCAGAGGAGAGAGAGAGGAGAGGAAAGGCUAGAGGGAGAGAGGGGGAGAGGGGAUCUGUUGCAGGCAGGGGAAGGCGUGACCUGAAUGGAGAAUGCCAGCCAAUUCCAGAGACACACAGGGACCUCAGAACAAAGAUAAGGCAUCGCUGACAGCACACCGGGGGGACGAGCUCACAGACAAGUCAGGCCAAGGGGGACUGACAGAGGCCAGGCAACCAAGAACAAGCAAGGCAGAAAAUGAGGUGGCUCCUUCUUUGUCACGCUCUGUGCUUCUCCCUGUUGAAAGCUUCAGCCCACACCGUGGAGCUAAAUGAUAUGUUUGGCCAUAUCCAGUCACCGGGCUAUCCGGAUUCCUAUCCAAGUGAUUCUGAAGUGACAUGGAAUAUCACUGUUCCAGAGGGAUUUCGGAUCAAGCUUUACUUCAUGCAUUUCGACUUGGAAUCCUCCUAUCUUUGUGAAUAUGACUAUGUGAAGGUAGAAACUGAAGACCAGGUUUUGGUGACCUUCUGUGGCAGGGAGACCACAGACACAGAGCAGACCCCUGGCCAAGAACCAGUCCUCUCCCCUGGAUCCUUCAUGUCCAUCACUUUCCGGUCAGAUUUCUCCAAUGAGGAACGAUUCACAGGCUUUGAUGCUCACUACAUGGCUGUGGAUGUGGAUGAGUGCACAGAACGAGAGGAUGAGGAACUGUCCUGUGACCACUACUGUCAUAACUACAUCGGAGGCUUCUACUGCUCCUGCCGAUUUGGCUACCUCCUGCACACAGACAACAGGACCUGUCGAGUGGAGUGCAGUGACAACAUCUUUACCCAGAGGACUGGCGUGAUCACCAGCCCCGACUUCCCCAACCCUUACCCCAAGAGCUCUGAAUGUUUCUACAAGAUUGAGCUAGAGGAGGGUUUCAUGGUCAGCCUGCAAUUUGAGGACAUUUUCGACAUUGAAGACCAUCCUGAGGUGUCCUGCCCCUAUGACUAUAUCAAGAUUAAAGUUGGCCCUAAAAUGCUGGGACCCUUCUGUGGAGAGAAAGCACCAGAACCCAUCAAUACUCAGAACCACAAUGUUCAGAUCCUGUUCCACAGUGAUAACUCAGGCGAGAACCGGGGCUGGAGGAUCUCAUACAGGGCAACAGGGAACGAGUGCCCACAGUUACAGCCUCCUGUCCAUGGGAAAAUUGAGCCUUUGCAAUCCCAGUAUUUCUUCAAAGACCAAGUGCUCAUCAGCUGUGACACCGGCUACAAAGUGCAAAAGGACAAUGCGGAGAUGGACACAUUCCAGAUCGAGUGUCUGAAGGAUGGGUUGUGGAGUAGCAACAUUCCCACCUGUAAACUUGCAGACUGCAGGGCCCCAGCAGAGCUGGAACAUGGACUAGUCACCUUCUCUACCAGAAACAACCUCACCACAUACAAAUCUGAGAUUAGAUAUUCCUGCCAGAAGCCUCAUUACAAGAUGGCCCAAAAUAUCACAGGCAUAUAUACCUGUUCUGCCGAAGGCAUCUGGAUGAACAGAAUACUGGGGAGAAAGUUGCCCACCUGCCUGCCAGUGUGUGGGCACCCUAAGUUCUCCCGGAAGCUGAUAUCCAGGAUCUUCAAUGGACGCCAGGUCCAGAAGGGCACCAACCCCUGGAUUGCCAUGCUAGCACACCUGACAGGACAACCCUUCUGUGGGGGCACCCUUCUAGGCACCGAUUGGAUUGUGACCGCUGCUCACUGCCUCCAUCAAGCACUUGAUCCAGAGGACCCAAUUCUAAAUGGCUCAUACUUGCUCAGACCUUCUGACUUCAAAAUCAUAUUGGGAAAGCAUUGGAGACUCCGAUCAGAUGAAAAGGAACAGCAUCUCAUGGUCAAAACUAUCGUACUCCAUCCCCUGUAUGACCCUACCACCUUUGAAAAUGAUGUGGGUCUGGUGGAGCUGUUGAAGAGGCCAGUACUAGACGACUUUGUGAUGCCCAUCUGUCUGCCCGAGGGGCCUCCUGAGGAAGGGGCCAUGGUCAUCGUGAGUGGCUGGGGAAAGCAGUUCUUGCAAAGGUUCCCAGAGACCCUGAUGGAGAUCGAAAUCCCAAUCGUUAAUCAUCGCACCUGCUGGGAGACUUAUGCACAACUCAAGAAGAAAGUGACGGAGGACAUGAUUUGUGCUGGGGAGAAGGAAGGGGGAAAAGAUGCCUGUGCAGGUGACUCUGGAGGGCCCAUGGUGACUCUGGAUAGAGAGAAAGACCAGUGGUACCUAGUGGGCACGGUGUCUUGGGGCGAUGACUGUGGAAAGAAAGACCGCUAUGGAGUGUAUUCCUACAUCUACCACAACAAGAACUGGAUCCAGAUGGUCACCGGGGUGAGGAAUUGA